GAGACACACUCAAUGGCCAAAAAGAAGCGACCUUUGGCGGGUGCGAGUCAAAAUUGACUCUUUUGGACCUUUUUGUUUCAUAGGAGAGAGAAAAAAAAAAUGGAGGUUUCUGAUGAAGAGGACGACGACUGGUUUGGUUCUCGUUUCAACGACGGUGUAAAUGAAGAAGAAGAAGAAGAAGAAGAAGAGGGUUUUGUGUUCUACGACGACGAUGUUAAAGACGAAGAGGGUUUUGCGUCUGAUUUCUAUAAGGCUGGUUCUGAUUGGUCUUGUUUAGUGGGAGAAGAAGAUGAAGAGACCGUUGUUUCUUCUGAGAAGAAUAAGAAGAAGAUGAGACAAUCGGAUUUGUUUCAGAGUUGGGGUUUACAAGAGAGUUCUCCUGAUACAACGAAGAAGAUGAAACAAACUGACUUGUUUCAGAUUUGGGGUUUACAAAAGAAGCCUUCUCCUUUCACUUCACCUGCUUCUACUUCAGCGAAAAAGACGAAUACGACUGGUCUUGGAAAGAGGCGUAGAGACUCUUUGUUUAGCAAUGACUCGCCUCGACCAUGUCCUUUUUACAAGAAACUACCAGGAACACCGUUCACUGUAGAUGCGUUUCGAUAUGGUUGUGUUCAAGGAUGUUCUGCUUAUUUCCUUACUCAUUUUCAUGCUGAUCAUUACAUUGGUCUCACCAAAGCUUGGUCUCAUGGUCCUAUUUACUGCUCCUCUCUCACUAGUCGUCUUCUUAGACUUAGUCUAUCUGUUAAUCCCUCGUUUAUUCAUCCAUUGGAGCUAGACGUUGAAUACAGUAUUAAUGGAAUCAAAGUCACUUUGAUUGAAGCUAAUCAUUGCCCUGGUGCUGCUCUUAUUCACUUUCGUCUCUUAGAUGGAACGUGUUAUCUGCACACGGGAGAUUUCAGGGCUUCGAAACAGAUGCAAACUCAUCCUCUCCUCUAUAACCAACGAGUUCAUGUUCUGUAUUUGGAUACAACAUAUUGCAAUCCUAGAUACAAGUUCCCCUCAAAAGAAGAUGUCUUAAGUUAUGUUGUGAGAAUCACAAAGGAUUUCCUCAGGAAGCAACCGAAGACUCUAAUUGUGGUUGGUUCUUAUAGCAUUGGGAAAGAAUGUGUUUAUCUUGCUAUUUCCAAAGCUCUUGGGGUUAAGAUAUUUGCAAAUGCUUCAAGAAGACAGAUCCUGCAAUCAUUUGGUUGGGAUGAUAUUUCUAAGAAUCUUUGUACAGAUGGGAAAACCACAUGUCUUCAUGUUUUGCCUAUGUCAUCAUUGAAAGUUGAAAGACUCGAUGAACACUUGAAGAAUUAUAGAGAACAGUAUGGAGCAGUUUUGGCAUUUAGGCCCACAGGUUGGACUUACUCCGAGAAAAUAGGUGAACACCUUGAUCUAAUAAAACCAACUUCAAGGGGAAAAAUCACCAUUUACGGGGUUCCAUAUAGUGAGCAUUCAAGCUUCACAGAACUUCGUGAGUUUGUUCAGUUUUUAAGGCCAGAUAAGAUUAUUCCGACAGUGAACAAUGCAAAUGCUGAAAAUCGCGAGAAAAUGCAAUCAUGUUUCAGAGAAUGGCUCAGACGCUGAGACUCCAGCUUCUGAAUCCCUGUAUGUUGAUCAUAGUAGCUUUCAAGGGAUGCGUUGGUGAUUCUGUAAGAUCUUUGAUACUGCAACUGGUGAAUACAGUAGAGUUAAAGUACUUGGGAAGGAUUCAUGAUAUUCUUUUAUCCAGAGUUAUCUGUACCUAGAAGAAGGAUUAGCUUCAACAUCAAGAUGAAUUGUUUAGUUCCCACGACAAGCAAUGAGUAGAGUUAAUGCAAAGAAAGAAUAAGAUAACCAAAUCGAGGGAGAUGUAUCUGGAGAUGUUGAACUGCCAUUAUCCUCAUUGCAAAAACUCCGAUGAUACCUUCUGAUUCAUGUCUUAGUCACAUUCAAACUAUUUAGUUGCAUCACUGGGAAAAUGUUCCAAGCCAAUGCCUUUUAUGUGGUGAAAGGGUUCCUAGUCUCAGAGAUGCAUUGGCCUGUGAGAUUUACUGUUUCAAAAUCUGUUGUCCUUGUGUGUUUGGUUGUUUCAGAGAGCAUCUAAACCAACGGAUCGUAUUAGUUAAUAUAAUCUCUGUUUGACUU